AUGCAACAUUCAGUCGCCCUCUCAGCCAAGAUGCCCACCACCAGGCGUGCUAGAAAGGGUAUAUCUGAUGCUCAGAAACAGGCUCUACGUAUCUAUGUAUCUGAAACGCACCCUACACCCUCUCAGAGAGCUUGUGUUGAAUGGUUUCGGUCUAAAUUUGGUCAUCUUAUUGAUCGUGCCACUGUCUCGAGGAAAUAUCAGCAUCUGGAUACUAGUCCAGCUGGUCUGAAUAUGCGCUUAUCGACAUCGCAUUGGCCUAAAUUAGACCAAGCUCUCUUUGAAUGGCAACAGCGACACCAGGAUGCUGGCUUUCCUAUAACAGGCCCACUACUUCGGCUUAAAGCGAUCGAAUAUUGGAGGAAAAUACCUGAAUAUACAGGAUUUCCAGAGCCUCUUUUCUCUGAUGGAUGGCUUACUCGAUUCAAACAACGUCAUUCUCUCCGAUAUCAUACCUUCCAUGGUGAAUCUUCAUCAGUUCCAACCUCGAUACAUGACGACAUAAAACCUAUACAGGUGGUCUGUAAUCAAUAUCAACCAGAGGAUAUCUAUAAUAUGGAUGAAACUGGGCUUUAUUGGCGUCGUAUGCUAAAUGGUGGCCUAUCAACAAAUGGUCAUGCUGGUCAAAAGAGAGACAAAGCCCGAAUUACUAUAGUAGUUACAACAAAUGCUACUGGUUCAGAUCGAAUGCCUCUAUGGUUAAUUGGUACAGCAAAGACACCACGUGCUCUUCGAGGUGUAAAUAUUCAUGCAAUUGGAUGUACCUGGCGCUGGAACAAGAAAGCAUGGAUGCGCAGUGGAAUUAUGGCAGAAUGGCUCUAUGCCUUUUAUAAGCAUAUUGGCAAGCAAAGACGUGUCCUACUUCUGCUGGAUAAUUUCAGCGCACAUUCAAGCGCGCUUGAAGAUAUGCCACCACCGUCAAAUAUUAAGGUGCUAUUUUUACCGGCAAAUACAACGUCGGUUUACCAACCACUAGACCAAGGUAUUAUCCAGAAUUUGAAGCAUCAUUAUCGGAAGAAAUGGAUGUAUUGGAUGAUUAAUAUCCUUGACCGGAAUCUUGAUCCUGACAAGAAAAUAAGCCUUAAUUACACCCUCCGCUGGCUUACCCAGGCCUGGCGAAACAAUGUGCUUGAUCAGACUAUAAAGAACUGCUUUAUUAAGAGCACUAUUAUUGGCCGUGAUGUUGAUCAGACACAUAAUAUACCAAGGCCAGAAGUGCUUGAAUUAAUGCCUCUAUACCAGAGCUUGAUCAAUCGGUUUCCUGCAGAUAUAGGUAGAGAUACACAUUCAGUCAUGUCAUUGGAUGAUUUCCUAAACCCAUCUGACGAAAACGACCUCAGUGAGCCUGAUUUAUCUGAUAUAAUCGCUUAUUCAUCUGGUGGGGAUGAUGUUGGUGAUGGUGGUAGUGAUACUGAACAGGAUGACGAAUAUAUAUUUGGGCCACCAGUAGAGCUUCCAUCUAAUGCUGAAGCUAUGGAUAGCAUUCAAAAAGCUCUUCUAUGGGCUCAGCAUCAAGAGGGCACUACAGAGGAGGAUAUACGUCAGAUAGAGGGGCUGGAACGUCUAUUUACUAGGCUACAGGUGGAUGGGAUGAGACAGAGGACACUGGAUGAGAUGGGCUUCCUAAACAGGAAGUAA